AUGAAGACUGCCUUGAUCCUCGGGCUGCUGCCCAUUCUUGCACAGUCAUCUCAAGUCCUCGACUGGACGCACACUGGUGGUCGCCUUAUGAAGCGCCAGAACACGGGAGACGGGGCCCAGGGAGACUCGGACUCUACCCAAUCUGAGCUGACCGAACGACCAGCUCCUCGGUUCCCCUUCCCCGUGACAAAAUUUCCCGUGGCCAAGGAGACGGUCGUUCUUGAGAAUACCUUCUAUGUCCCCGCCGGCGCCACCUUUGAUGGCGGCAUGAAGCGCUAUGAGCGGCCCGAGGGUAGCUGCAACGAGCAGGCUGAGGGUACGGAUGCGGACGCUGUCUUCAAUCUGCUUCCUGGUGCCACCAUCAGGAAUGUGAUCAUUGGGAAGCAUCAAUCCGAGGGUAUCCACGCUCUGGGCGACGCCUGGGUCGAGAAUGUAUGGUGGGAGGAUGUCUGCGAAGAUGCAUUGACUGCAAAGGGUCUCAACACCCAGCUCAAGGUCAUUGGUGGCGGCGCUCGCAAUGCGACUGAUAAGAUCUUCCAAGACAACUCUCUCGGCGGCAAAUACAACAUCACCGGCUUCUACGCAAACACCUUUGGUUCAUUCUACCAGUCUUGUGGCAACUGUUUGAACCAAGCCAAGCGCAACGCCACCAUUCAGAACGUCGUGGCCGUCGACGGAAUCCGCAUGGGCAUUAUCAACCCCAACUACGGUGACGAAUUCCGCCUGAAGAACGCCCAGAUCGACAACGUCGACAUUAUCGUCACCAAGGAGAUUGGCAACAACGUGCAGACGGUCCCCUACCACAUUGGCGAGGGCCCCGACGAGAAGUAUGCUCUCUAUAACACCACGACAGACAACAUUGUUGAGGGCUUCAACGGCACCGUCACCAGUGUGUACGAGCCAGAGGACCCGUAUGAGUGGCUCGAGGAGUUCUGGCCCGAUGGUUUCUGGGAGUAA